CAAUACAGCGUUGUUUUUGCAUUUGCUUCGUUCACUUUUUUAGAAAACAUAAUAGAGACAAACCAAACUUGGCAUUUCUAUAAAAUCGAUUGAAUCUAUUUUCAACAUGUCUAAUAAUUCUAUGGGCCAAGGCGGCAACAUGCCCACAAUUGGGUCAAUAAAUCAAGGUGCUAUUCAAUACGUAAACAAUCCCUUGCAAAGUCCUCAAUUGCAGUCCAGUUCGCUCCAAGGCUCUCCGUCACAGCACAGCCCUAUGGGCACUCAGUCCCAAGUUGGCGCGAAAGCCAAUCAGAGCGGUGCUGGGGACCAAACUACUCAGCUUCUAAGCCGACCGCGUCUCCAAGAGUUGGUUCGUGAAGUAGACCCAACAGUCCAACUUGAUGAAGAGGUAGAGGAAAUGCUGCUGCAGCUGGCUGAUGACUUCAUAGACACUACUCUGAAUGCAGCGUGUGCAAUGGCUAAGCACAGGCAUGCUCCUAAUGUGGAGUUGAGAGAUGUACAGCUACAUUUAGAGCGACAAUGGAACAUGUGGAUACCUGGUUUUGGCAAUGAUGAGUUGCGACCGUACAAGCGUGCCGCCGUCACUGAAGCCCAUAGACAACGCAUGGCCCUCAUUCGGAAGACCAUCAAGAAAUACUAAUUACUUGAAACAAUAUUGUGACUGUAUUCUUAAGCUUUACUUUUCGAUUAAGGUGUAUUUUAGGCUAAGAUUUAAAUUGAGUAAACGAGUUUAAAAUGAA